AUGAGAUCGCUAAACAUUGAGGGAAAGAAAACUACGAUUGACUUACGCACGAUGGGACAGGAGAUGGUUAAGAGCUGUUAUGUGGUUUCAGGUUUGGAAGUUAGUUCUUUGAGCGGUGAAAAUACAUUGGAAUUGCCACCUGUCUUUACACAGGUCGAUUUGCCAGUGACUCGGAAAGACGUGACGUUGGCGGACGACUUGCGAAAAUGGUCACAUCUGCGUGAAGUACCUAUAGAUACAAUCGAUAGCGAUGUUGGGCUGUUGAUAGGAGUCAACGUUCCAAAGGCCAUGGAACCGUGGGACGUUAUUCCCAGCUUUGAGAAUGGCCCUUUCGCGGUGAAAACUUUGCUAGGGUGGGUCAUUAACGGACCUCUUGACAAUGUUCCAGUCACUGGUGUGUCGAGUAGAUUCGUUUCCGUCAAUCGCAUAGCCGCGGUAAGCAGUCCAAGCUUGGAAGAACAAGUUCGCAAUCAGUUCGACCAUGACUUUAGUGAGAGGACAAUUGACGACGUCAUUGAGCCUUCAAGGGAGGAUAAACAGUUUCUAGAGGCCGUAACCAAUUCUAUACAGUUCAAGGAUGGUCAUUACGUGAUUGGUUUGCCAUUCAAAGCUGAUUGUGCCAGUGUUCCUAACAACCGGAAACAAGCUGAACAAAGAAUGAUUUCAAUCAACAGACGGUUUGCCAAGGAUGAAGCAUUCUGCAACGAGUACAAAGGCUUCAUGGAAAAGGUCAUUGAUAAGGGCUAUGCUCGAAAGGUGCCAGCCGAUCAGCUGCAACGGGAUGAUGGAAGGGUGUGGUACCUGCCGCACCACGGUGUGUACCACCCGAGAAAGAAAAAGCUGCGGGUCGUGAUGCCAGCUUCUUACGAUUUCUCUGGUGGAGACAUCAGCAAACAGGUGACCGAAUAUGAGAUUGGCGUGCACCUGUUCGGGGCCACAUCGUCACCCAGUUGUUCGAACUUUGCGCUCAGGAAAACGGCUCAGGAUUGCAAGGAACAGUUUAAUGCGGAGGUCGUCGACACUGUUCUCCGGAAUUUUUAUGUCGAUGAUUGUCUGAAGUCACUGAAAUCUGUGGAUAGUGCAGUGUCUCUGGUGAAGGACCUGCAAGCUCUCUUGAAUUGUGGUGGUUUCCACAUUGCUAAGUGGAUUAGCAACAGUAGAGAAGUUAUGAGCUACAUUCCGGUAUCCGAAAGAGCCAAGGAAGUAAAGGACUUGGAUCUUGAUCAGGACGUGUUGCCUAUCGAGAGAGCUCUUGGAGUUCAGUGGUGCGUGGAGUCAGACGCCUUCUGCUUCCAUAUUGGUGUCAAGGAACAGCCACUCACAAGACGUGGAAUUCUCUCCAUGGUCAGCAGUGUGUACGACCCUCUGGGGUUCUUAGCUCCACUCAUGCUGAAGGCGAAAGUAAUUCUUCAGGAGUUGUGCAAACUUGAACUAGAAUGGGACCAGCAGAUUCCCGAGAAGUUCUCGAGCCAGUGGCGCAUCUGGCUGCAAGAUCUUGACAGGCUCGCUUCCUUCAAGAUAGCCAGAUGUGUGAAGCCGCAAGGUUUUGGCCAGGUGCAAUCAGCUCAGUUACACCACUUUUCCGAUGCCAGUGAGACAGGAUAUGGCACAGUUAGCUACUUGCGAUUAACAAACGAGGAAGGCAAGUCCCAUUGUUCAUUCAUCAUGGGCAAGUCUCGUGUAGCUCCUUUGAAGCAGACUACAAUCCCACGCUUAGAGUUGACUGCGGCCACAGUGGCCGUUCGUACAGACAAAAUGUUGAAGGGUGAGCUUGACAUACCGAUCGACCGCACAGUGUUCUGGACGGACAGUAUGGCUGUGCUGCGCUACAUAUGGAACACAACCUCAAGAUUCCAUACUUUCGUUGCAAACAGACUUACUGUGAUCCACGGAGGGUCAUUGCCUUCAGAUUGGCGGUAUGUCAAUACGAAGCUCAACCCGGCAGACCUCGCCUCCAGAGGUCUCCCCGUCGAUAGCUAUCUCCGGGAAAACCAGUGGAUAGUGGCUCCAGCAUUCCUCUGGGAAGAGGAAGACAAGUGGCCAAACAUUCCAUCCGAGAUUUCUGCAGGUGAUCACAACGACGAUCCUGAGGUAAAGAAGGUGGCUGUAAGGGCUGCGGUAACAGGCUUGUCGACUGUCGGAGGCGACAUCGAUGCGAUGAGCGAGUUGAUCAGUUAUCAUUCGUCUUGGUUCGUGCUGAAGCGAAGUCUUGCUUGGAUCCUCAAGGUUCGCAGAGAGUUGCUUCGGAGGGUUCGCCAUAAAGAGAUUGUGGACAGUGAGCAAACGGGGAACAAUCAAGUUCAGCCACAGGAAGCCUGCAAGGAGGGCUUCAUUUCAGUUCAAGACAUGAACGAAGCGGAGGAGGCUAUUAUUCGAUACGCUCAGCGACAGGCAUUUGCCGACGAAAUAGUUUCAUUGAGCAGCGGACAGGUAAAGAAAUCCAGCAAAAUUCGGAAGUUGGAUCCAAUCACAGACAAUGGUCUGUUACGUGUAGGUGGGCGGUUGAGCCAAUCUAACAUGCCCGCUGAAAGCAAGCACCCUGUCAUUCUGCCGAAGAACAGUCCUGUAUCAGACCUAGUUCUCAGGCAGAUUCAUCAUGAUCUAAAGCAUAGUGGUCGAAACCACAUGUUAGCACGACUGAGGCAAAGAUAUUGGCUGGUGAAUGCACCAUCAGCCAUCAGGAGAGUGAUUGCUAAGUGCGUUAUUUGCCGCAAGCAGAGGUCUCCGGUUGGAGAGCAGAAGAUGUCGAAUUUGCCGGAAGACCGGCUCGUUCCUGACGAACCACCAUUUACAAGAGUGGGGGUCGAUUACUUCGGCCCAUUCGAGGUUAAACAGAGACGCUCUCGUGUUAAACGAUAUGGCGUCAUCUUCACAUGUCUAACCAGCCGCGCUAUUCAUCUGGAGAUAGCGGCUUCAUUGGACACGGAUUCGUACAUAAACGCGCUUCGUCGUUUCAUUGCGCGGCGAGGUCAGGUGACAAAAAUGCGUUCAGACAAUGGGACCAACUUUGUUGGCGCAGAACGGGAACUUGCGAGGGCUAUAAGUGACUGGAAUUUGUCGCAAAUCCACGACUCCAUGCUACAACGAAACGUAGAUUGGCAAUUUAAUCCACCCGCUGGAUCACACCAUGGUGGCGUGUGGGAGAGAAUGAUCAGAACAGUUAGAAAGGUCAUGAAUAGUGUUCUGCGGGAGCAAACUCUAGACGAAGAAGGGCUUCAUACUCUCUUGUGUGAAGUGGAGUCCACUAUCAACGAUCGUCCCAUUACCAAGAGCUCUGAUCAGCAUUGUGAUUUAGAGGCGCUGACACCCAAUCAUCUACUUCUUAUGAAACGGAAACCGAACUUGCCUCCAGGAGUUUUCGGUAAGACUGACAACUACUGUAGACGUCGAUGGCGGCAAGUACAGUACUUGGCUAGUUUAUUCUGGCAGCGGUGGUUGCGCGAGUACUUGCCACUUCUGCAGGAACGACAAAAAUGGCGCGACGAGAAACGAAGUCUGAAGGUUGGCGACGUGGUUCUUAUCGUUGAUUCGAAUGCCCCUAGGAAUUCCUGGCCGAUGGGUCUAGUCCAGGAAACAAUUCCUGACCGGUUAGGUGUCGUUCGACAGGCGAAGAUUAAAACGUCAACAAACAUGUUGGUACGUCCAAUCGACAAACUGUGUCUCAUUCUGGAGAUGGAUUGA